AAACAAUGUUGAACAGAUUACUGUCAACGAUCGUCAUGCUAGUAUCCUCCAGCGCAUGUCUCUAGUCUCAGGCGAAGACACACCCAAUGCAGAAGUUGUCACCGAGGUGCAGGAACGGCUGCAGCCUCAAUCAGGUAACCCCAAUUCCCCUAUACCACUUCGGGAUGCCUUAGAUUCCCUCCAGUGCCGCAUGCAAAGGGGACAGACUAUUGCCUUCUCGUUGGUUUUCUUCUUCAGUGUCAUCGAGCUCACAAUCUCAGCCUGGCUCGUGUCGCAAUUCAAUGACCACCACAACUACCUCAGUCUAGCUGAACAAGCCUACAUUCGGUUUCUAUCGGUCGCUUCAACAUGCACGAUUUUAUUCUCUGGUCACCGCAUAUUUUUCUUCGUUCUUCUUCCAGAUAGUAAUAACUUCUUCCUGUCUCUGACAUUUGUCUUCUGGAUUGUGGGCAUUGCAACUCACAGUAUAACUGGAGCUCUCGAUGGAGUGCUGAAUCGCAACACCCAGAGCGUUCUCAUGUAUUGCUAUCAAAAUAUUGCGCGAGAAGUCUUUUCUUGGGUGACUAUAGCUGGAGCUCGAAAUGGAAUUCUGAAUCCCAAUACCCAGAGCGUUUUCAUGUAUUGCUAUCAAAACAUUGCGCCAGAAGUCUUUUCUUGGGUGACUAUGGCUGGAGAUCUCGAUGGAGUGACGAAUCCCAAGUUGGUACAUUUUCUACUGCUAGUGUAGUACUCACCGCUCACCGGUGCACCUCCUAUGAUUCUAGUACCCAGAGCGUUUUCACGUAUUGCUGUCAGCAUAUUGCGCUAGAAGUCUUUCCUGUGUUGAUUUUGGUUCUUGUAACUUUCGCAAUCUUUGUUAUGAAUGUCCGCCAAAUUGUCGCGGCAAUUUGAGGUGACGCAGUGCACGAGUCACAUAACACUUGAGCGGGCAGGUUGUCCCCACUCCCGUGGUUUAGAUCUCCAUGAGUGCGAGAUAUCAUCUUGACUUCGGUCACUGUGAUCCUUUGUGCCAUCUGGCAACUAGAGCGCUAGUGGUCGAUGAUCAUCAAUGUAAAUCUGUCUACAAAACCUGAAACAAUUUUGAGUCUGUUUUUGACACCUGCACGCGCCCACUGGCGUGCAUACAAACUCAUUUAACCAGAAUGAAUAAUGUACACC